AUGGGAAAAGGUGAUUACACUUCCCGGGGCCCGCACUGGGUUUUCUGGGGAGUAGAGAUUGGCGCCCCGGAGAAAUUAUGGGCGUUCAUGGGCUGGGACUGCGUCGAGGAUCACGAGAAGUUUGCCAAAACGCUAGCACCGGAGGCAGUGAAGGACCUACCAUCAGUCCUUAGCCACGGAGAGUUCACAAAGCACUUUGACCUCGAGGGGUCCGGAAAGUUGGUUUACAAGUCUCCUGUGACGGAGCUCAUCCUUGCGUAUUUCCGGUCAGAUCUGCCGCUGGAGCAGAAGAGCGCGGCCACAGCGUUGGUUGAAGGGUUCGUGGUCAAGGGCCUUAGGGAGACUCCCGGCGUUGAGGGCACGGGCUUUGGCUGGGGCUUAGAGGACGACUUUCCAGUCCUCGAUGGGGACAAAGAUCAGAAAGGCUGCGUCCUCGUAGCGUUGGUUGGGUGGUCAAGCGUGGAGGCAUGCGUUGAGGCACGCAAGUCUAAGCUUCCCGAAGAGUCCCUGGGCUUAACCCAGGAAGUAGUCGGCGUUAUUGCGUUGAAGUCGGUGCUGCUACGUUGUCGGAACAUCUCGAAGGGUGGGGAUGGUGAACACGGCAGGCGCCCGGCCUAUCGUACCAGUGCCACUUUCGAUGAAUAG